UCCUGCGGCAACACUCUCUUGCUCGCUCGCGCUCGUUGCUGCCUUCAGUCUCACGCGCUGAUUACUAUUACUGUAUAUACACAUUUACUAAUAUAUGAAUGCCUGUCAACAACAGCGAAGCCGCUCCUUUCCUUUCACUCCUCCGUUUAGUUUAAACAAGUCGCAUAUAAAUAUUUCUGUGGGUGUUUUAUUCAACAUAAGGUAUUUGUCUUGUCGUUAGAAGCGGCGUUGGAAAGAAACACACGUUUGUUGUGCGUGGAAAAGCAGCUCGGUUUUACAGCAAUGGCGACAGCUGCGGUUUCUGCCCCUGCCGGCGGCGGCCCAAAUCCCGGAUCCGGUGCCGAGAUGGUCCGUGGUCAAGCUUUCGAUGUCGGGCCGCGCUACAGUAACCUGUCGUACAUCGGAGAGGGUGCAUACGGCAUGGUUUGCUCAGCGUACGAUCGUGAUAGGAAAGUGCGUGUGGCGAUAAAGAAGAUCAGUCCAUUUGAGCACCAGACGUACUGUCAGCGCACACUCCGAGAGAUUAAAAUCCUGCUUCGCUUCAAGCAUGAGAACAUCAUCAGCAUCAACGACAUCAACCGCACCCCCACAAUCGAUCAGAUGAAAGACGUCUACAUUGUACAGGAUCUGAUGGAGACAGACUUGUACAAGCUGUUGAAGACGCAGCACUUGAGCAAUGACCACAUCUGUUACUUCCUGUACCAGAUCUUGCGUGGCCUCAAGUACAUACACUCUGCAAAUGUUCUCCACCGAGAUCUGAAACCAUCUAACCUGUUGCUCAAUACUACCUGCGACCUCAAGAUCUGUGAUUUUGGGCUCGCCCGAGUGGCCGAUCCAGACCAUGACCACACUGGCUUCCUGACUGAGUAUGUAGCCACACGUUGGUACCGCGCACCAGAGAUUAUGCUCAACUCUAAGGGAUACACGAAGUCCAUUGAUAUUUGGUCAGUUGGUUGUAUUCUGGCUGAGAUGCUUUCAAAUAGACCCAUCUUCCCUGGGAAACACUACCUGGACCAACUAAAUCACAUUUUAGGUAUUUUGGGUUCUCCCUCUCAGGAAGAUCUCAACUGCAUCAUCAACAUUAAGGCAAGAAAUUACCUACUGUCAUUGCCUCUGCGCUGCAAAGUGCCCUGGAACCGCCUCUUUCCUAACGCAGACCCUAAAGCAUUAGAUCUGUUGGAUAAGAUGUUGACCUUUAACCCUCAUAAGCGGAUUGAGGUGGAGGAGGCGCUGGCUCACCCCUAUCUGGAGCAGUACUAUGACCCUACAGAUGAGCCUGUUGCUGAGGCACCAUUUAAGUUUGAUAUGGAGCUGGAUGACUUGCCCAAAGAGACUUUGAAAGAGCUGAUCUUUCAAGAAACUGAACGCUUCCAAUCAGGCUACAGACCAUAGCCUACUGCACAGGUGUUGCUCUAGAUUCAGUCAUGGUGAUGCUUCUAUCUCCACUACACUGUGUGCUGUGGUCCUCUUUUGGUCUUCACCAUCAUCAUCAUCAUAACUCCUCUUUCUCCAACUGAACCCCAAAACUACAGGCAACCCUCAAAGUUCAUCCAAACUGCAGCAGAAAACAUGGACUCUUGCACCUUUCCUGCUCUCUUACAGUCAUUUACAUACACUCCACAUUAUAAUGGAAGAAAUGUGCAGAGCUUCUCUCACACCCUUUCUCUAUCUUAUUAUUCUCAUUUUUGCUUAUCUGUGAAACGUAACCUGUGUGUGUGGAGAUUAUGGAUCUGAGAUGACCCAUCUAGGUGAGGUUUUGACUCUGGGUAUGGUAACCCUUUUCGUCUUGGUCAGACCUCUAUUACACUUCAGUAAAAAAAUUAUAUGAUUGUUAUUAUUGUGCUUCUUUUUAGCCUCCUGUUAAUAUUUCCAACAAGCUGCUUUUCACUAAGGUGUCUGUAAGCCAUUUUUAAGUCCCACAGAGGCCAAACUGAAGGCCUGGAUCUCCUUGAUUAUUUUAUAUAUAUAUACAUAUACACAGGAACAAAUUUAUUCUCUUUGUGCAUCGCCAAACUCCUCAAAAUGCACAAAGAUGGAAAUUUGCCAAGGUGCCAGUUGAGGCUUUAAUAAACUGAUUCAUGUAUUUUCAUAUACACAAAUAUGUUUUUGCCAUGUAUUUCUGCCCCUCAAAAUGUAUAAAAAAACCUUACUUUUAUUCAUUCAUCGAAUUAUUUUCCUCCAUUUGUAGUUCAUUUUAAUUACCACCCAGGAUGUGCCUUUAGGCAAUCAAGGGAUAUUGUGUAAUAUUUCAAACAGAAAAAUGAACCGCACCUAUACAUUUAAAAUGUGUACAUUAACUCUCAAUCUUAAACACUUAAUCACUCAAUUGGAUCACUUAAAUUAAUAUAUAGGAUCCAUAGAGAAGAGACUAAUCUGUUAAAAUUGCUUAUGCACCAAAGAAAAAACUGAUUUGAGGUUAUUUUACCACCUUGGAAAUUGUUUUACUUUUGUCCAUAUAUUUAGAAAAGUUGAUGAAGACCUAAGCCCUCACCUUACCCACCAAAAAAGGUGAGGUCCGCCUGUGUUAAAGGGAUAGUUCACCCAAAAAUAUAAAUUGUAUUAUCAUUCAGUCACUCUCAUGCCAUCCCUGAUGUGUAUGACUUCUGCAGAAAACAAAUGAGGAUUUUCAGAAAGAUAUCUCAGCUCUGUAGGUCUAUACAAUGUA